AUGGGCAAUCCCUUCGCCAGGCGCCAGGACCAUGGCGAUGAUGCUCCUCGCGAGAUAUACGGACUCCGUAUCUACCUUUUCGCACUAUCUGCAACAUGGGCCUCCGCCAUGUAUGGCUAUGACUCUGCGUUCAUUGGGGGCACGUUGGAGUUGCCUGCCUUCAAGACCUCGUUUGGGUUGACCGACAGCAACUCCGCCAGCCUUUCAUCCGAUGUCGUUUCAGCCUUCCAGGGAGGUGCCUUUUUUGGUUCCUUUUUCGGCUUUUUUCUGGCUGAAAGGUUUGGACGCAAGCCCGUUAUCUUGAGUUCUGGUGUUGUUUUCUCUAUUGGUACGGCUUUGCAGCUUGUUGGAAGUCUUACUUUGCUGUAUGUUGGACGUGUGCUUACGGGGUUGGGUGUGGGCGCCUCAUCCAUGGUAAUCCCUAUCUACAUCGCCGAGUGCUCACCAGCUUUGAUCCGCGGUCGUCUGGUCGGAAUUUUCGAGAUCAUGUUGCAAAUCGCCCUUGUGUUCGGUUUCUGGGUCAACUAUGGCGUCAACGAGAAUAUCCCAGAUACGAGUGCCACACAAUGGAGGGUCCCAGUCGGUAUCCAGUUUAUUCCCGCUGGGCUACUUCUGUUCUGCAUGACGUGGAUGAUUGAAAGUCCACGAUGGCUUGCCAGCCAAAAUAACAUUGCCAAAGCACAGGCCAAUUUGGCGUGGGUUCGACAUCUACCACUGGAUCAUGAAUACGUUGUGAAUGAGUUGGCAGAGAUCCAGACUGCUAUUAACCUGGAGCUUGAGGGGCAUGGAGGCCGGCCCACAGGAGUUUACGGCCUGGUCAAAAUGGCCACAACCAUCGUCUUCAUGAUCUGGAUAGUCGACCGAUUCGGCCGACGGCCAGCACUUCUAGUCGGAGCCGCAGGCGCAGCCUUCGCCAUGUUCUACCUAGCCAUCUACUGCCAAGUGAGCAAAUCUUUCGACCAAUCCCCACCAAAGGAAUCUGGAUCUCAAGCCGCGAUGGCCAUGGUGUAUAUCUAUGCCAUUUUCUAUGGCUUCUCCUGGAACGGUAUUCCGUGGAUUUUCGCAUCGGAGAUUCUACCAUCCCGCGUUCGAACAAUUGGCAUGAUGUGCGCGGUAUGCAUGCAAUGGCUGGCUCAGUUUAUGAUCGUCUAUUCGUUGCCGCAUAUGUUCGCUUCGAUCAAGUUUGGUGCCUUUUACUUUUUCGGUGCGUGUACGCUUGUUGCGUUGGCAUUUGCCUACAUGUUUGUUCCCGAAAGGAAAGGCAUACCGCUGGAGGAUAUGAACCAUCUUUUUGGUCCGGAUGUGAGUAGUUUCGCGGAUAAGAGUUUACAUAGCAAUGAUCUACUCAAUAACUAUCGCCACUGA